AUGUUUCGUCGACGAUUUCGGAUGCGGAAACAUGUCUUUCUCCGAAUUGUAGAGGACCUAUCAAGAAGUGACGAUUACUUCACUCAACGAUUUGAUGCAGCUAAUAAAGAAGGUAUAUCUCCACUAGCGAAAUGUACCACAGCCAUGCGGAUGUUAGCAUAUGGUAUGGCAGCCGACGCAGUUGAUGAAUACAUCAAAAUUGGAGGUACAACAGCUUUGGAGUGCUUGCGUAGGUUUUGUAAGGGAAUCAUACAAUUGUACGAGCAAGUGUAUCUGAGAGCCCCAACUGAAGAUGACCUACAAAGAAUUUUGCAUGUUAGUGAAAUGCGAGGGUUCCCGGGAAUGAUUGGGAGUAUUGAUUGCAUGCACUGGGAAUGGAAAAAUUGUCCUAAAGCGUGGGAAGGACAAUAUACUCGGGGAGACAAGGGAACUACCACAGUUAUUCUUGAAGCGGUCGCAACCCAUGAUCUAUGGAUCUGGCAUGCUUUUUUUGGAUGUCCAGGCACAUUGAACGAUAUAAACGUUCUAGAUCGUUCACCAGUGUUCGAUGAUGUUGAACAAGGAAAUACUCCAAGAGUGAACUUCUUCGUGAACCAACGACCUUACAAUAUGGCGUACUAUCUAGCUGACGGUAUAUAUCCUUCUUAUCCUACUUUCGUCAAAUCGAUUAGGCUUCCACAGAGUGAACAAGACGAGUUAUUUGCACAAGUUCAGGAGGGAUGUCGGAAGGACAUUGAACGUGCAUUCGGAGUGCUGCAGGCUCGAUUUAAAAUCAUUCGGGAACCAGCUCGCUUGUGGGAAAUUUCUGAUUUGGCUAUCAUAAUGAGGUCAUGUAUCAUAUUGCAUAAUAUGAUUGUUGAGGAUGAACGAGAUACAUAUGCUCAACUCUGGACCGAUUAUGAUCAAUCUGAGGCAAGUGGAUCUAAUGCCCCACAACCAUUCUCGACCGAAGUGUUACCUUCAUUUGCAAAUCACGUGCGUGCUAGAUCUGAGUUGCGGGAUUCAAAUGUGCAUCACGAACUGCAAGCAGAUCUAGUCAAACACAUAUGGCAAAAAUUCAGCAUGUUCCGUGGUUAG